AUGGUUGAAACCAGGAGUCAAAAGUCAUCAGAAGGACAAAAGGCAAUGUUAGAGGUAGAGGUCCAUUUAGACCCUGCUCUGGAUGAGGAUCAGAGGGACAUGGACCGGAAGGGAGAGGAAACAGAAGAAAGAGUGAAGAACACUUUAGGAAACUUCUUUCCAUUUACUAUGGGAACGGGUACGGGCGAUGAGGCAGAGACCCAGGAAGAAGAAGAGGACGACGACGGGCAAGAUGACUUCGGAUCUCAAGUCAGCCUCAGUAGCUCGACUCAGGAGAAUGGCGCAUACGCCGAUAGAGAGACUGGUACCAUGGAACAAUUUGGCGUGGUGAGGACAAUAAGCAAUACCAUAAAAGAAUCAGGCCAGUCAAGAGACUGUGUGAAUAUGACGAACCCGGAAAUGCGAACUGGGCAGAGUAGGAUCACAAGGCUAAGCAACGCACCGGCGGAUCCAGAGGUGGAUAGUGAAAAGACAUCGCGGCAGAGAAUCAAAGCCCGAAUCUCGACCAGCACCAAGCUACCUGGGAUCGACAGGGAGAGAAUGGAUGAACACUUAGCGAAGAACCUGUCGCGAUUGACUGGGGAGGCUGAGCAAAGAGAGUUACGAUUGAGAGACGACAUGGAGAGGUUGAGAAUUCAACAAGAGCAGACUCUUGAGACUCUUGACACGAAGAUAGAUGCGAUGAUGGAGAAGCGAACUCAGGCUAUCAUGGAUAGGUUCGAUGGGCUACUAAGCAGCAGGAGUGGACCAAAAAGAGGGGAAUCGAAAUCGGGAGAACCCAGUAGGGAGCCGAGGGUGAACUUGAACGAGCAGCAGAAUAGGAGAAGGACAUAUGAACCCUCUAGAGGAAGGGGCAGUUCAUCAGGCUAUACCACAAGGGACAAUAGACCCCGGGGCCCAAACAUCGGAGGAAGUUCAAAAGGCAAAAGAAAGACCUCUAACGAACGACCAACGCAAGAUACACAUGCGACUGGGAGAUGUGAUUCCAGGAACAGGAGUCAUGCGAGCCAAGGAAGAAAUAAUCCCAGCGAGUCGGACAGGAGGGAAAAUCUGGAGCCCUUAUCAGGGGGCAAAGAUACUCAGGCGGGGCAUUCAAAAGACGCUGCAUCGAUGGCCACAGCCUUUGAACCUCUGAACAGGACCUUGGAAACAUUUCUUACCAGGCUGUCGAGGACCAAUGAACGUAGUGAAAAGUCCAGAAGAGUCUUUAAGAAACCAAGAUGCUAUAAAGACGAAUCUGAUGGCUGUAUUGAUACCUGGAUAGAGGUGAUGAGACUGCAUUGCGAGGAAGAGGACUUGACAGAAAGACAAGAAUGCAGUGCUCUCACCAGUAACUUGGAAGGGACAGCCCUAAACAGCGUGAUGCCAAAAAAGCAAUACUAA